AUUCGCAGCGCUUCUGCUUCCAAUCUGGAUACUCUGAUUGUGUUCCCCCAAAUUCCCAAUUCUUGCAAAGCGAAAACCCUAGAGUACCGAAGCAUGGAUCAAUGGAAAGGCGAUGACUUUGCAGGCGUUUCGGCUUCUCUUCCUGUUGGGUGUGAUUCCAGGAAAAGGGCUGAGGCGGAGACCAAGGACCCGGUUUCUGCUAGGAAGGUUCAGAAAGCUGACCGUGAGAAAUUGAGGAGGGAUCGGCUCAAUGAGCAUUUUAUGGAGUUGGGAAACACAUUAGAUCCAGAUAGGCCGAAGAAUGACAAGGCCACUAUCCUUACAGACACGAUUCAGACGCUGAACGAAUUAACAUCUGAUGUGAACAAAUUAAAGUCUGAGUAUGCCGCACUCAAUGAUGAAUCUCGAGAGCUGACAGCGGAGAAGAAUGAGCUGAGAGAAGAGAAGGCGUCUUUGAAAUCUGAUAUUGAAAAUCUCAAUGCUCAAUAUCAGCAAAGAGUGAGGGUUAUGUUUCCAUGGGGAGCUAUGGAUCCUUCCGUAGUUAUGGCCCCACCUUAUUCGUAUCCGAUGCCUGUAGCUGUUCCGCCCGGUUCCAUUCCUAUGCACCCAUCGCUUCAGCCAUUUUCUUACUAUCAAACUCAAAAUCCAGCAACUGUUCCUAAUCCUUGUCCAACUUUUGUGUCAUAUCCAACUCCUAUCAAUCCUGCAGUAGAGCAGCCAUUGCCCCAACCCCAAUUGUCAUCCGUUUCGCGUGUUUCAAGUAAACAAGAUUCCAAAAGCAAGUCAUCUGAUCAUCGGAGGGGAAACAAUGCUGAAAGAUGUGAUGAGUCCAAUGAGGUGGCAACAGACCUUGAACUUAAGAUGCCUGGAUCUUCAGCACAUCAGGAGUCAUCUUGUGGGACUAGGAAGGGCAAGCAAUCACAAAGGAAAGAUAGAUAUGUUACAGAUGGAAGCUCUUCGAGUAGGUAUUCUUCAUCUCAAGUUGUUCAGGAGAGUUCGUCUAACAGCGUUGGUGAUGUCCCAAAGACCCCCAAGACUAACAAAUGAAGAUGUUCCAUUUGACCAUUCUAUUAUUCUACUGACUUGUGGGGUUAGGAAGGGGCAGUGAUCACAGAGGAAAUAAAGGAGUAUUACAGAGUAUGCUCCUCGAGGAGGCAUUCUUCAUCUCAAGCUUUUUAGGAUGUCCUGUGUAAGAGA